CCUUCCUCUUCCGUCUCGCCACAAAGGCUACCAGCCUCGCCACUCCGCCGCCGCCGCCGCCUCCUUCGCGCCCGGGACAAGCAAGGUCGAUCCCGACUCCCGAGGCCGCUGCGCACUGGCGGAAUGACCAGGAAGAAGAAGGGCGCUCGCGGUCGUCGGCCGAGGAGGGAAGCCGGCGACGAAUGGUGGCCGAGGAGGUACGCCGACGAGGAGUGGCCGCACCUCGUCGACAUGGUGCUGUCUUGGAGCCUCGAGGACGUCAUGGACGAGGGUCUCUUCAAGAACAAGCUGAAAAGGAUACCGUCCAUAUUCAAUGAUAUCAAGAGCUACUUAGGAUCCUACACAUCUCCACUGUUGGAGGAGUUGCGAGCUGACAUGUCGUCCAGCUUGGAAGCCAUCUCCACCGAAUCUUUUGUCAAAGUAGCAUGGAUCGAGCAAACAAAAUAUAGUGCAGUUUAUAACAUUGCUUUUGAGGAUUCUCAGAAUACAAAGUCUUGCAACAAACCUGAAAGCAACGGUCGAAGUGUUGGUGAUAUCAUUAUCCUGUCUGAUGUGAAGCCAGAAAACAUAUCUGAUAUUACUUGCAAUGGGAGGCCGUACUGUAUUGCCUUUAUUACUGAUGGAGCGGAUGAAGAUGAUGACUCACCUCCAGCCAGCUAUGUGAUAACAGCAUCAGGAAAAAUUGAUGCUGCAGACAAGGUCAGUGAAGAUGGGAAGAGGAGCCCACUUUUUGCAGCUCAUUUGCUGAAUAUCGUGACCUACAUCCGCAUAUGGCGCUGCCUUGACUACACAACAGUCAGGAGAAACCCAAACCUCAUACAGGAGAUGGUACACUAUCCACGGGUUGCAAAUAUUCUCCCAAAAAAAUACAAAGGGUGUUGCUUCAAUCGACAGCAUGGAAAUAUGGAGUGAAUUGUCUACAAUGAAUCUUAACAACUCACAAAAUGAUGCCAUCCUGAACUGCAUUUCAGCAAUGCUCUCCAACAGCAGCAGCAGUUUAAGCCUUAUCUGGGGACCUCCUGGCACAGGAAAGACUAAAACAAUCACUGUACUCUUGUGGUUAAUGAGGAAACUGAAACAUGGUACACUUACAUGUGCACCGACAAACCUUGCUGUUAAACAAGUUGCUUCAUGUUUCUUAAGGUUGAGCAAAGAGAACCCUCUGGAUACAAGUUGCUUAGGAGAUGUUCUGUUGUUUGGCAAUAAACAUCGCAUGUGUGUUGAAGAUGAUCUGAAAGAGAUUUACUUACAUGAUCGUGUAAGGAAGCUUCUUGUUUGCUUUGCACCAUUGACUGGAUGGAGACAUUGUCUGUCUUCCAUGUACGAUUUUCUUGAGAAUGGUUACUCCCAGUACCUUCGAUAUUCUGAAGAACAAAAGGAGGAGAAUAAACCUUCCUUUUUGCAUUACACCAGGAAAAAACUUGAUGUUAUUUAUCCUGAGCUCCGAAGAUGUUUCAAACAGCUACUAUUUCAUGUCCCCAAAUCUUGUAUUUUGGAGGUGAAUUACAAUAACAUCAUUUCACUUCUCGAACUGCUUGAAGAUUUCAAUACACUCCAGAGGAAAACUACCAGGGUUGAGAUAAAGGAAGUUUUCUUGUAUAAAGAUGUUCCAAGGAAAUCCAGCAUGGGCAUUCUUCCCAAGACAGUGAUAACCAUCGGCAAAACCAGAAUUAAAUGCCUUGAGCUGCUAAAGAUGCUAUUAAGUUGCUUGAAACUUCCUAUAACAUCCUCCAAACGCACCAUCCGAGAAUUCUGUAUGGAAAGUGCCAGCAUAAUUUUCUGCACUGUUUCUAGCUCUUCCAAAGUAACAAGCAAUAAAAAACUAGAGUUGCUUGUUGUCGAUGAGGCUGCUCAGUUGAAAGAAUGUGAAACAUUGAUCCCUUUGCGUUUGCCUGCAUUGAAGCAUGCUAUCCUCAUUGGUGAUGAGUGUCAACUACCAGCAACAGUUGUUAGUAAGGUUUGCAAGGAUGCAUUAUUUGGGAGAAGUCUCUUUGCGAGGUUGAGUUCACUGGGACAUGAAAAGUAUCUGCUUAACAUGCAAUACAGAAUGCAUCCAUCCAUUAGCAUUUUUCCAAACAGCAGCUUCUAUGGCGGGCAACUCUUGGAUGCUCCUAGUGUCAUGCAAAAAGAACACCAAAAGAAGUAUCUUCCAGGUUCUAUGUUUGGUACUUACUCUUUCUUCAAUAUUGAAGAUAGUUGGGAGGAUGUCGACGAACUUGGUCAUAGCAGGAAGAACGUGGUUGAAGUUACCAUUAUCCAGGAAAUCUUGCAAAAUCUCCGAAGAGCUUGUUCUAAGACUAUGAAGAAGGUCACAGUUGGUGUCAUAUGCCCAUACUCUGCUCAAGUUCUAGCAAUUCAAGAAAAACUGAGGAAAAUAAAGUUUGGCCCCUUGUCAGUAAAAAUUAGUUCUGUUGAUGGCUUCCAAGGUGGCGAGGAAGACAUAAUCAUUUUAUCAACUGUCAGGUCCAACUCUGAUGGGGUGGUAGGGUUUGUUUCAGAUCGACAACGUACAAACGUAGCUUUGACAAGAGCAAGACAUUGCCUUUGGAUUUUGGGAAAUACCGCAACCCUAUCCAGGAGUGGUUCUAUCUGGGCAGAUCUAGUGCACAAUGCCAAGGAACGGCAGUGUUUCUUCAAUGCAAAAAGUGAUGGGGCUAUUUCUCGUGUGAUUGCUAAGCAUGAGAGUGAGCUCAGUUCAGUUAAAGACAAAAGUGUUACACCUUUACAAGUUAAAAAUAACACUGUUCGGGUUCAGGCACCAUCUCGAACUCGUAAGGGGCAGAAACGUCAACGACACCCUUCUUUGAAAUGUGGUCCAUCUCAUGCUGGGAGUCGUCAACGAGGCGGUGUUGCCUCCGGUCCCGAUCCACAUCGCCGAAAGGAUAAAGGGAUCGUUGAAGAUCUCAUUGCUUCCUUCAGCAGUCUUAGACUCCGUUGAAGAAUCUUCACCUUUCAGAGCCAAGUUCUUUUUGGAGAUGAGCUAAGACCAUGAUCUACUAUUUCUAAACGCCAACCCCUACAAAAUUGGCAGCAGAGUGACUUUAUCCUGUAUAAGCUCAUUGGGUUGUAGGCAAAUGGCCCAUGAGAUUCUAUUUUGGCUCACACGACUCUGCAAUUUUUGCGUUGAGUGGAGGUCUGCCUUGGUUUGGGAUUGCUGUUAAGUUUGGAUGUCCAGACUGCAGGCUUGAACGUCAAUGUUAGUACUACUGGCGGCGUGAGUGCCGAUUUUCCGAGGUCUGAAGAGCCGGCUGUGCUCCUGAUACUAGAAGAUGACACUGUAUCGAUCACUACUGUGCUAGUAGUACCAUAUCAUCAUGCCUUUGUUUUGGUGGACGAAAAAGGAAAUUUAUCAGCAGCUAGUACUACUCCCUCCAUCCGGAACUAGAUACUUCCGUUUGAGUGACAGUUAUUUCCAGACGGAUGAAGCACUAUAUAUCAUGCUUUUGUUUCAGAUCA